UUAGAAACCAGCAGCAGCUCAAGAUGAAGGUCAAUGUAAUCUGCCUCUUCUUCCUCACACAACUGCAGAAUGGAGAAGUUGAAUCUGUUCGAGGAAGAACCUACACAGAGAUGGAAGGAAAAAACAUCACAGUUUCAUGUUCAUUUACCUUCACUGGGCGUAGAAUGUACUUCUGUAAGACAGACUGCAGCAGAGACAAUAUUCUUAUUGAGACGACUGAUUACAGAGCACAGAGUGGCAGAUACAUCAUUGAAUUUAACAGAACAGGUUUUGCAACACAUGUUGUUUAUGUGAGCAUUAUGGAGCUGAAAACGUCUGACUCUGGAAGGUACAGAUGCGCUUUGGGUAGAACCGGGAUUCGACACAAUGAUUUUAAAAUCUUUGUCAUCUCUGCUUCCCCAACAGCAAAAACAUCAACAGGGAGUCAGAGCUUCUCUUCUUCUCCUCCUUUCUCCUCUGAAACCACCAAACAGUCCAGCUCAUCAGCGCCACCUUCAGGGGUUCUGCUUUCUGUCGGUGUGGUUCUGACCAUCAUGGUCAUCAUUUUGGCUGCAGCUCUUCUGGUUUUCUUCAAACACAGAAAAAACAAGCAGCAUGAAGCAGGUUCUGCAGAGCCUUCAGGAGGAACAGAGUAUGCUACCGUCAUAAAGCCCAACAGAGUAAAGAGGGAACCUGAAACCCAAAACACAGCUGAAAGUGACAACCUCGAGGUGCAUUUUUCCAAACAAACCACCAACCUGCACAGCAGCGCCCCCUGUGGUAACCAUGGAGACGUCGUCAUCUACACUGAACCUCGGAUAGAUGGAAAAUAUGGCGGCCGCAGUAAAGAGGAUUCAGCUGCUCUUUAUUCCACUAUUACUUUACAUAAACAGUGACAGUAUUUAAAAAUAAGUAUACCAUUGUAUUGGUUCAAACAAUAUAAAACUUAAUUCUGUUUAUAAAUCGGUUUU